AAUACACACAAAAAACAUAAAAACUAAUUUCACCUUGUUUUAAUGUGUGAAAUGCGUGGAACAUUUUCACUUAAUUAUAUUUCUAACAAUCAGUUUGUUAUUUCUGCUCGUGAAAUAUUUUGCUUUUGCCUUUAGUUGUGAUUUAGUUGUGUGCUUCAGCACAAACGUUGAUUUCGAAUCUCAAAGUAUGUAUAAUGGCUACUGUAAAUAUUGUAUUAUUUGUAUUACAUUACUAAUCCUACUCAGGAUCUUUCAUUCCUAUUUUGUUUGAAACAGCAAUAAAAGCGCAACAAUUAUAGAAAUAUCCUUAAAACAAUGUACAAGUUGUGUUGACCAAACUUGGACUACAGUUCCCAUGAUGCCCCGGUUGCCAACAGCGGCCGCGAUGCUGGUGCACUGCUGUCGCUGUCUUCGCAGAUUUAGAAACAAUGCAGCUGACUGGAUCGGCGAAAAACCACAGGUAAAUCCAGAUGAUUUUUAGAGCUGCACAAAUUCCGGGCCGCUCCUGAACGUAACCACAGUUUAUAGGACUUAAAGGAGACGCAACAAAGCGCACAAAAUGGUUGUGCGGCUGGCACGGGCGAAUAAGUAGGUUUACUAUAGCUUUAAGAACGCGAAAAUAGGACCUGCUUCUUUAAAACGAUAUCGGGUUAUUACUGAAUAGAUAAUUAAGAAAAGUUUUCAAUUCUGAUCAAUAAAUAUAUGUAUUUUAUUUGCGACGAACCCGAGGCAUUCCGUGAAAAUGCCCCGAUGUUGGAUAAAGGCCGCUCGCAAUCAGAACAAACGUCUUUAAACCAGAUGUUGUCCGUUUUUCUUCAAAUCUUGAGUAAGCCUGCUUGACUUUAAGCUGAAGUGAAAGUAGACCGAGUUGUCCUCACGGUUAUGGAACCGGCGGGCGUAAAUAAAGGUGACGAGCCGGCGGAGGGCAAGGCCGCAGAAGGGACCCCGGUCACUAGUGUGACUGUUACCCCGCGGAGGGGUCUCAGAGAGCGGGGAGCCUGCCGCUCGAGGUCCGGCGUCUCCGCCUCGCUCACUGACGUCAACGGCGCAACAUCGAGCCCACAGAGCUCAGGGCGAGUCCUGAGAGACCGGUCAACGCGGUCGGUACCGGCCUGGCUGAAGGACACCAAGAGCGGCGACGACGACGAAGAAGACGACGAACCGAGCCCGGACGCUGGCGCGACUAAGCGGAGGAAAGUUUCCAACGCGAGGCGAAAGAAAACCCCCAACUCUGCGUACUCCGCUGAGGCUGAAGGGAGAGUCGCAGGUGACAGCCUUCGCGGCACAGACUCUGAUGACCCAAAGAAAUCUGCCUCAGAUGCUCAAUCUCGACCCUCCAGACGGCCCCCGGCCCAGAGCCGUGCCAAGCCCCCGUCUGGCAAGGCCGUCCGCGGCUUUGCCAGGCCUGUGUGUAAGACCGAACCCGGAAUGGAGAGUCCAGCUGCAGCGGAAGGAGAGGUAAAGAAUAAAGACAACUAUGAAAUUCUGAAGAAAGAGGAUGGAGGCGAGGAGCCGGUUUUGGAUGAUGGAGAAGAUCCUCCCUGUAGGGACGACCCGGACGACCUCAGCUACCAGCCGCUCAUUCAGAGUGGCGCGGAAGAAGAAGAGGGUCUCACCAGCGAUGAAGACCUCCCAUUUAGAGACGAUCUAAAUGACCAGAGCUACGACCCAAACGCUGAGCGGGACGUCCCGAAACCAAAGCGCAGAGCUCCGCCGAGGCCGAAGGAGAGGAAGGAGAAAGAGCGAGCUCCAAAGAAAGAGAAAGAGGUCGCUGAGAUAAAGAUCGAGGGCUUGGAUAAUGUGGAGAGUUUGGAGGAGAAGGUGAAGCUAGAGGAGGAACUAGUCGAGGACCCAGAUGGACCCAGGAAGAGAGGACGGCGGAAAAAAGACGACAAAACCCCGCGGCUGCCAAAGAGGAGGAAGAAGCCGCCGGUGCAGUACGUGCGCUGUGAAAUGGAAGGAUGCGGAACGGUCCUGGCUCAUCCUCGCUACCUGCAGCACCACAUAAAGUACCAGCACUUGCUCAAGAAGAAAUAUGUCUGCCCCUACCCCUCUUGCGGACGGCUUUUCCGACUACAGAAGCAGCUGCUGCGCCAUGCAAAGCAUCACACAGACCAGAGGGACUACAUCUGUGAGUUCUGUGCCCGUGCCUUCAAGAGCUCCCACAACCUGGCUGUGCACCGCAUGAUUCACACCGGAGAGAAGCCCCUGCAGUGCGAGAUCUGUGGCUUCACGUGUCGCCAGAAGGCGUCCCUCAACUGGCACAUGAAGAAGCACGAUGCCGACGCCACCUACCAGUUCGCCUGUUCAAUCUGUGGUAAGAAGUUUGAGAAGAAGGACUGCGUGGUGGCCCACAAGGCCAAGAGUCACCCUGAGGUGUUAAUUGCGGAGGCUCUGGCAGCCAACGCCGGCUCCCUCAUCAUGACCCCUGUCUCCAUGCUGGAGCUGCAGGGAAAUCCCAUACAAGCGGAAGUCGCCGGCCUUGACGUGAGCCAACUGGCACAGGGUGGGCAGGUGGCUCAGCUUGGUCAUGUGACCCAACAGGUGAGUCACCAGGUAGUUGUGCUGGGACGGUACCAGAGCCUCCAUACCAUGCAGAUGCCCGUGACAAUUGCCCUAUGCCCACCUUCGCUGGCCGACCAUCAGCAGACCCAUCUCCAACAUGCAGGCUGCUCAACAGCCCCAAAUCCAACAGCUGACCCUCCACUCCAGCCAGGUGGUGACCCAGCAUCAACCCCAGCUGCACCUUCUGCAGUCGUACUCCUCCCAGCAGCAGGGGCAGACACAAAUCCUUCAAUUGACCUUUCAGCCGGUCAGCCAGUCUCAGACCCCCAUUCUCUUGACCUCUCAGCAGCUCCAGACCCUCCAAACAGCUACAAUGAGCUCCCCUCUCCUGUCCUCAUCCCAGACCUCCACGAAUGGGCACAGCUUCAUUCUGGACGAUGCAGUGCUCCGUCCUCCCCUCCGUCGGGCAGCUCCCUUGCGCAGACGGGAGUAAUGGGGGCGGACGGCGCGGUCUGGGAGCAGGCGGGACAGAGGGGGGUUCUGUCGGACAGCGCCGAGAGGCUAGCGCAGCAGCAGCCCCUCAUGUGAAAGAUAAGACAACCUGAUAAAAUGCAUUGCUUUGUUAGAGGUAACCCUAGGGUCACACAUAAUACGUACCGUUCACGCAUAGUCCUAUUUGUUAGCUUUUUAGAAUAUCUGUAUCGGGGAAUUAAGUAUAUAUGUGUGUUUGUAAGCUUUUGCACAUACGUCCUGUAAACUGAACUAGACUUUUACGUGUGUGUGUUUAACGAUGCAGAGGUUAUGUUGCAAAGCGUAUGUGUGUACAUUUAGGACGCUAUAGACCAUCCCCUCCAGACACUUGAGGGGUGAGAAAGUUGUGUUUCAAUAACUGGCAGCUAUUUGUUUGUUCAGGUUUACUGUAAAGCCUUUUUUGGCGACUCUCCAGAGAAACAUUUCAAAACCUGAUAAGAAAAGACACAAAGAAAAAUGUGUUGUACAGUUCUGUUAGUCACAAAAUAUGCAUAUUUUAGCCAUCUGGGCAGUCCCAUGAAACCGGUUUCUCGGCUAGUGGUUGACUGUGUACUAACCCACUUAAUGUGUAUACUACACACAUAAAGUCCGUGGCAGGCAGCCACAUGGUGACUUCGAAUGCUUUAUAGAUCUCACACGUGCAUGUGAACCCACAACAUAGCGUAAAACAGUCACCAAAAUUACACUUCUUUAAUAAGGGUAAUGUGAUUGGGCGGGCAAAGCUAAAUGUAGAAAAGCCCUGGGGGACAUGUCAAUACUAAACCUGCGCCUCUUCUGGUUUGUGAUUUUUAGGAUGUGUAGUAUAGCAAAAAACGAAGGAAAAAGCCCCUGUUCAUUUAUAAAGAUGAAAAUAAACGUCUUAACAUGU